AUGGUUGUUGGUUCAAAACAAAGAAUAAAUUCACUUGUGGGUGAUCUGACACUUUCCCUUAAUGAUAUAUCUCUACGUAAAGUUAAGAGUACUAAGUGCUUAGGAGUGACAAUAGACGAAUUUCUCACAUGGGAUGAGCACAUAGAUAAUGUAAUUAAAAAAUUAGCGAUCGGCGUUAGUCUUCUACGUAGAAAUAGAAAAGUCUUGAAAAAGUGCGAUCUUAUGAAUGUAUAUAGAGCUAUUGUAGAACCUUAUUUUGAUUACUGUUGUAUAAUUUGGGAUGGCAUCAGUGACUAUUUGGCGUUAAAGCUUCAAAAACUUCAAAAUCGUGCAGCACGUAUUGUUACUGGAGCCGACUAUUCGCGAAGGUCCAGUGAUAUAUUAAACGAAUUAGGAUGGGAGAAGUUAGUGAACGAAGACAAAAAUGCAAAGCAGUGA